GUUAUCGAGAAGAAUCAUCAUAUAAGAAAGAAAUCAAUCGUAUAUCUUCCAAUCAGGUGGCUUCGCCUUUCAGAUUAUUUCCCCAUCUAGAAGCUCUCUCUCGACUCUCUCGUCUGUUUCUAUCUUUCGUGGUACCUCUUCUCUUCUCUUUCCUUUUCUGAGUUUCUGUUAAUUUUACUCUCUCUUUUUUUUUUUCUUCUCUGUUGCUUAUAUAAUAAGAUUUGUCUUUCUUUUCCAAAAACUCGUUUUCUCUAAUUCUUCUCUGCGAUUCUAAUCAAAUUCCGUAUAGAUGCGUCGCUCUUCAUCAAAGAAGAAAUCAGGUCAAUCAACUGAAUCAGUCACCACGGAUCUCUUUCGCUCAGCUUCGAGCAAGGCCUCGAAUAAAGAGAUGGAUCGAAUUGAUCACUUAUUUAAUCAGUAUGCCAAUAAAUCUUCCAGCCUGAUUGAUCCUGAAGGAAUAGAGGAACUAUGCUCCAAUUUGGAAGUGUCACAUACUGAUAUCAGAAUCUUGAUGCUUGCUUGGAAGAUGAAAGCUGAGAAACAAGGUUACUUUACACAUGAGGAGUGGAGAAGAGGCCUCAAGGCUUUAAGAGCUGAUACGAUCAAUAAGUUGAAGAAAGCCCUUCCGGAGCUUGAGAAAGAGGUCAGGAGGCCAUCAAAUUUUGCAGAUUUCUAUGCUUAUGCCUUCUGUUAUUGUUUAACAGAGGAAAAACAGAAGAGCAUAGACAUAGAGACUAUAUGUCAACUCCUAGAGAUCGUCAUGGGAUCUACAUUUCGAGCCCAAGUUGACUACUUUGUUGAGUAUUUAAAGAUCCAAAACGACUACAAAGUGAUAAACAUGGACCAAUGGAUGGGACUUUACCGGUUCUGUAACGAGAUAAGUUUCCCGGACAUGGGGGACUAUAAUCCAGAGCUUGCAUGGCCAUUGAUUCUUGACAAUUUUGUUGAGUGGAUUCAAGAAAAACAAGCCUGAAAUCAUUUCUGAGUCCCCUCAAGUCGAAGCUUCAAAUCUCUGCAGGAUGAUCAGUGGGCUCUCUCAUCAAACAGAUUCAGCACAUUUUUACUUCAGUUUUCAUCUUUCAAACAUUAAAAAAAGACACAUUAUAUGAUUCUUGUUACAUGUGAUUAACUUCAAUAGAGGGAACACAUAAUGUUUGAUUUAUUACAUCAAGUUCUGUUAGUAGUAACCAAUGAUUUCGAAUUAGCUUGUAAACACGUUGUUACCAAAUUUAUAACCAUCAGAUUCAUUCUGAA